AUGAGUUUGAGUUAACAAUUAAAGGAAGAAGAAGGAGUUAUCUAACCCAUUCAGCCUGUUUCUACAGUUCAUAAUCGUCGGAAAAAUAAAAAAAGGCAAAUUGUUAAUCCUACUUAAAACACUGGACAUUGGAGCCAAUAAGAACAUCAAACUUAUUUAGAUUUUCUCCAAUAGCAUAAAUAAAUUAUGGAGUCUCAGGAUUAAAAGAAAAGCAAUAAAAUCUUCAAAUAAAUGAGUGAGCUUAUUGGGAGUCGCAGUCCUUCUUAAUGUAGGUAUUAUGAAUUCAAUUUAUAAAUUAGGUCACAUCAUUAAAAAUUCAAUCCUUUCAUUCACUAAGUCAAGAAACGAUAAAAAGGUGCAGGGCGAAAGAGAAAGGACAAUCAAAUUACUUAGCCAAUCUAGCAUUUUUACCCUUUCUAUCAAUAACCCAUUAUAUCUUAACAUCAAUUAGACUUUCCAAUGUUCCAACCAACAUACCCUGAAGAGAUGGUCUACCCAUAACCAAUAACAUCAGAUAGAAGUCUCCUUUACAAUUUUGGUUUCCUUCCUUAAUUUCCUCUCGGCUUCAACUAUUACAAUGAUUUAUUAGUAAAUUAGACCAUAGAAUUAAUACGAAGAGUAGUGAUAUUUACUAAAUACUGUGAUAAAUCUAUUUUUACUUCAUUAAAUGAAUUGAUCCCUCUUUUCACUUUAGGCAGACAAUAUUGGACCAAAAUUUUGAGUUUGGUUUUUGAUCAUGAGAGGAUCACUUUGUUUUAUUAGACACACAAUUCUAACCAAUAAAGAAGAGUAAUUGAACCACCUUUUUCAUUUAAAAAUUCUUACUAUCCUUAUCAGAUUGAGAUUGAUAUUUAUUAUAUAAUUCUUUAGUAUGUCAUGUAACUACUCUAUAUUUUAAUUUCCUUUUUACUUAUGUUUAUUAAAGCCAUUCAUUUUUCAGAAUAAGAAGUCGGUCGCAACGUUAGAAGUUCAAAAAAGAAAUAUGUGUGGAAGUUCUUUUUAGAUAAUGUUGAACAGGAAAUCGCCCUUUUUGUUUCGUCCCUUUCAGGCAAGAAAGAAGUUAGACACAAUGGGAGAUCAAUUCAUUAAGAAUCUAGGUAUAACUUUUUCCAUAUCAUUAUUUUCAGUUUUUUUGGUGAUUUUAGAUACCUUCAUUACCUAUCAGACUCUUAUGAACUUUUUUUGGACAAUAUUCCUUUCGCUUAAUAUUAUAAUCCUCGCAACGAUGUCAAAGGUAGGAAUACUCAAAAUCGGCCUUUAAACAAUGAGGAUAAUGAUGAAUAUGAUCUCAGUCCUCUGAAGGAUCCUGAACCUCCGAAAAAAAAACUUAAAUUAGAUGUGCAUUAGGAAUAAACAAACAACACUUAAAAUAAAACUGCCUCAAAAUAAUAAGAACUUAGGUGGAAAUAAGGAGCGAACGAAGAGUUCGCCAAUUUUGGUACACCUUCAACUAAUGGAACAGACAAUUAUUUUGGCAACUUUGGUUUCACAUUUGACACCCCCCAAAAAGAAACCAAAAAAUCAAGUUAAUAAAUUCAACAGCAAAAUAAUCACAAUUAAAAUGAUAAAAUUAAUCCUUUCUUGGAAUUCAAUUAAAAUUCUUGGAUUGGACAACCAUAACCGUAAAAUAAUAGUAAUUUUGGUUGCGCUCAACAAACAUCGCAA